GAGAGGGAGAGAGAGGAGGAGGAGGAGGAGGAGAGAUAAACUCAGAGAGAGAGAGCGCGCGCGCACGAGAGGGAGGGAAGAUAGAGAGCUUACUUUGUAGUUGCCGCGAGCCACCUGACAGUUUGCAGAUGCCGACAGAUGUGCCCGAAGACAGGCUCAACAUCGAGGAGAAUGCCGUCAAGUGUGACAGCAUGACUCUGUCCAGCACCCCGACCGUUCGCAGAGGAAGCACUCCUUUGCCAAUUAAGCACCAGCUCAGGCGAGAAGAAGCCGUCCACGAUGAGUGUGACUGGACAUCAGGUGGAGCAGGACCUUCCACCUCCCCGAUCAGCUUCAGCCCGGGCCUGGAGGACACCAUGAACGUGACCACGGAGGGCAGGAGUGAUGGGCCUUUAAGGAUCGCUCUGCUGGGGCAAAACGGCGUUGGGAAGUCGUCUCUGGCUAUUGCCCUGGCCGGGGACAUGGACAGGACUGCGUCAGUGGAUUCUGAUGGGGAGGGUUACGUGCGCACAGUCACCGUGGAUGAAGAGGAGAGCACCAUCAUUAUCUAUGACAACUGGAGACAGGACCUGUCAGCUCUGCAGUGUGAAGUGUGCGUCCUGGUGUUUUCUGUAACCGACCGGCGCAGCUUUCACCGUACCGCUCAGCUUCGACUACUCCUGAGAGAGAAUCAGCCCCAGACCCCCAUCAUUCUGGUUGGCAAUAAGAGUGACCUGGUCCGCACACGAGAGGUCACCUCUCAAGAAGCCAUGUCCAGCGCCGCCCUCUAUAACUGCCUGUACCUGGAGAUCUCCGCCUCUCUGGACCACCGUACCCCAGAGCUCCUGGAGUGUGCAGUGCGACUAGCCAGGGGUCUUCCCCCGUGGCCCCCGGGGACUAGUGCAGAGGACAUGAGUGGCGGAGGCCAACGUGAAAGCAUCACCUCACGUGCCAAACGUUUCCUGUCCAACCUGAUGCCUCGUUACCCUCGCGAGCGGGAGGUGGGGAAGUUCCUGAGGCAGAAGUCCCGCUCGUGCCAUGACUUGGGGGCACUGUGAUCCCCUGCCACGAGGAGUUUAAUGGUUACGUUGUUUACAAAGCUAGCUGGAAAUGAUGUAGUUUACCAAGAAAGGAAGGAGGAGGAGAGGGUGAUACAGCAAUUAGUUGGCAGGAGAAGAUGUGACAAACAGAGGGUGUGUGAAGGUCCCAGAGUACAGUACAGGACUGUGUUGUGUGUGAUCGACAUGCACACCCAGCAGAGGAAAACAGGAAGAACAAAAGUUAGUGAUAACGUUUAUCUUUAAGAUGAUAUUAAAAUUUUGUACACAAGACUAAUCACAAA